UUCAUUCAGAUUUUAAUCUGCCAAGCGAAGAAGUGACUGAUCACGGGCUAUUCGAAAUAACGCGAGAUCUCCCUCCCCACUCUGUUCGCGACCACGUCAAGGGAACCCUGAAGUUAGAAAUCAUGGCGGAGCGCAGGAGACACAAGAAGCGAAUUCAGGAGGUCAGUGAACCUACCAAGGAGGAGAAGGCAGUGGCCAAGUACCUGCGCUUUAACUGUCCCACCAAAUCCACCAACAUGAUAGGACAUCGAGUGGAUUACUUUGUCGCCUCUAAAGCAGUCGACUGUCUGCUGGAUUCAAAGUGGGCCAAAGCAAAGAAGGGGGAGGAAGCUUUGUUCACAACCAGAGAGUCGGUGGUGGACUACUGCAACAGGCUCCUAAAGAAGCAGUUUUUCCACCGAGCCCUGAAAGUGAUGAAGAAGAAGCCAGAGAAAGAUGUAAAGAAAGAGAAGGAGAAAGAGAAAGAGAAAGAAAAAGAGAAAGCUAAAAGUGACAGCGGCAAGGAAGAGGAAAAAAAGAGCAAAAAAGACAAAGACAAAAAGAAGGAUUCUGAGGUUGCAGACACAAAGAAGGAAAAAAAUGACGACAGUCCAGGAUCUCCAAAGAAGAAGAAGGAUGUGAAAAAGAAGUUCAAGCUGGAACCUCAUGAGGACCAACUGUUCUUGGAUGGCAGUGAGGUUUAUUUUUGGAUUUAUGAUCCAGUCCACUUUAAAACCUUUGCCAUGGGAUUGAUUCUAGUCAUUGCCGUCAUCGCAGCCACUCUGUUCCCCCUGUGGCCUGCCGAGAUGAGAGUCGGCGUGUAUUACCUGAGCGUGGCAGCAGGAUGCUUCGUCGCCAGCAUAUUACUUCUGGCUGUUGCUCGUUGCAUCUUGUUCCUGAUCAUCUGGCUGGUGACCGGCGGCCGUCAUCACUUCUGGUUCCUACCAAACUUGACAGCCGACGUGGGCUUCAUCGACUCUUUCCGGCCCCUCUACACGCACGAGUACAAGGGUCCGCGCUCCAGCUCCAAGAAAUCCAGCGGCGAGAAAUCCGACAAGGGCGCCGAUUCCAGCAAAGCGCAGAAAUCGGAUAGCGAGGAUAAGUCGGACAGCGAGAAGAAAGACGGCGAGGAGGAAGAGGAUGAAGACGAGAAUAAAGAAACGGAGGAAGCGGGCGCAGAGCGUCAGUCAGACACGGACAGUGACAGACGAGAGGACGAAGGCUCGCAGCACAGCAACGGCAACGACUUUGAAAUGAUCACCAGAGAAGAGCUGGAGCAGCAUACAGAGGAGGACGAGGAGGAGGAGGAGGAAGAUGACGAAGAAGCGCAAAGUGACACAAAGCCCUUGACUGUUCAGACAUAAACGUUUUCCUCACGCCGCACACAUACUCCCAUGCUCCAUGUGGACCUGCUGACGUACUUCUGUCAUGUUCAGAAGAUGUUUCCCAUUUCUGUUCAGGCUGAGAUCUUCCUCUGUGAAAACAGACAGGCUUAAAGGUUAAACGAGAGCAGGAAACGGCUACGAUGACAAUGGAUAUAUCGCAAAUGCUUUCCCCACUAUGGAUGCGACAAUGCAAGUCUCCCCGAACCCCAUGUUCCUUGAUUAUUUUUUUUUUCUCUUUUUUUCCAUGUUAACUUUAUCUAAUGUCAGGUGUUUUGUUGUUUAAACAUGUCGGUAGUGUUAAGAAGGACUGAACUGGUCAACUUUCACGCUUUUUUUUUAACCCACAUAAUAUGAAUGUUUGCUCUCCAAUAGGGUUUUUUUGUACCAAUAGAUGCAUUGGAUAAUUUGGACGGACCAACAUAUUUUGUCUUUAUAAGUGUUACUAUCUAUCGUUUUAGUCAUAAAUCUCAAUGGCGCUUGACCUGUGAUUAUUUCUUUGUGGAACUCUGGGAGAUCUUGCUUGGUUUGGGACGAGAGAUGUAUUUUUGUGUUCUCGACACAUCAUACAUUUCUGCAGUCUCGUUUCGUGACCCUAUUGAAAAAUAGUCCUUGUUAACGGAAAUGGAGAAGUUAAUAAAUCAGAGCGGUAUCCUUGACUGUGAUAGGAAGUUAUUUAAAACCAAACUCAAUUCGAGUCUGCAUUCAGAAGGGGAAACUACAUCCACAUUUGUGCCAAAUGAUGCGAGAUAUUGAUGCUUUUUUAUGUACGUUCAAAUUAUGACCAACUUGCAGAUCGAGUUCAAACGUGUCAUGCCGUAGCUCGUACAGUAUGUCCUCUAGAGCCAAUCACAUCCGUGCAUCAUAGCCUUUGGUUCUCCCAUCUGGUGUUCAAAGUCUGAGGUUGACAAAUCGUACUUCCCCAAGCGGCUGUGGUCCAAAAUAAGUAAGUUAGUUUGCAUUUUAACAGGGCCAAGGUCCAAUACUAUCUUUCCGUAGGGUUGCAUACUUUUGGCUAGAGUAUUAUUUUACAUUAGCUGUUUCUUUGACUCAUACUGAGGAUGAUAUUUAAGAGAAAAAAUACAAAUGUAUCAUUUAUAUAUGGAUUCUAUAAAUCUACCAGAGAUGUUCAUGCCAGCACUUCAGGUUCAGCAUGAACUGUACUCUAUUUUAUAAUGCCAGACAUACAGGUUUUUCAUUUCACUGCAUUUUGUACUAAUACUAAAACCACCAAUGUUUUCAAUGCUGAAGACUUUAGAAAGAUUGUUUCGGGACAAUUUAUUGGAAUUAAAAUGGCAGAAAACAUCCUGUUAAUCUAAGUAAUGCAUUGACUCUAGUGGUUAUCAAAUGCGCACAAGACGAGAUGCUGCGAAGGUGUUUUUCCUAUAUUAAAAAAUCUAAAUUCAUGAUCAUCUCAAGUUCAAGUUGUGCCUGAGUGAACCACUCUCUCUCUUCUUCAAAUGUAUGAAUCUUUAACCACAUCUGUUAGUAGAUGAUCUUGUCAGUCAAACCCCUAGAGGGCUCACGUUAGUGUUCCUGUAGAAGUUUUCAAUAUUCUGUCGUUGACUUUGAAGACCUGGAUAGACUGGGCAUGACACUACAUGUGCAACUAAAGACAUUUGUUUUUACUUUCCAUGGAACUUCACUCACCUUUUUUCUGUCCCUGUUGUCUUUAUGAGAGAGAAAGAUGCUGAUAUCCCAGAUGUUUUUUUUUUUUCAAUUGGCAGGAAUUUUGAUUUGACAUUGGGUGUCAGGAUGUAAUAUCAUUUAUAAAAAAAUUACAAAAAAUUAAAAUCUCAUCUUUUUUAUGUGGUCAGCAUCUUCAACUAACUAUUUGGAUCAGUGUUGAGGAUUGUCUUUUUGCAAUAUCUGGAGAAUAAUUUGUGUCUGUCAACUGUAUCUGUAUCCUUUCAUUGCAAUAAAAAUAUAGAACACAA